AUGAUGACGACGAUAUCGUCCCUAAAGGAGACGACGGAGGCGCUUCUCUCCGUGGGUAGCGGUGCCGCCGCUGGCGGUGGUGCGCUGGAGGCGGCGCCGCCGCGCGACCCGGACUGGCUCAUCCCCUUUGGCUUCAUCCUCGUCUCUUUCUUCGCCAUCGCCUGCAUCAUGGCCAUCGUCAUGUCCCGCUGGGGCAGCUGCAAGGAGAAGACCUACGCCUACUCGUACAGCGUCUCCAUCUUCGAGCAUGAGUGCCUUGUGGGAAGCCUCGCCGCGGUCCUCUUCAUCGUCAUCUCCCUGGCCAGCUUGUACUACUACUUCUGCUUCAGCGGCGGCUGCUUCGGCGGCGGGAUGGCCGCGGCGGUGCCGCUGGCCGCCGGCAGGAGGUUGAAGACGGCGGCGAAGUAG